AUGUCGGGACAAAACGUUAACGUGUGUGAUAUCGGUGAUGAUGUAAAAAAUGUAUUGAAAAAAUUUCGUUUUCAAAAGCACAAUUCUAAGUCUGCUCUUAUUUUGAAGGUGAACAGAGAGAAGCAAGCAUUAGAGGUAGAUGAAGAACUAGAAAAUGUUGAGCUUGAAGAACUGCAAGAUAUACUACCAUCACAUCAACCUCGAUUUGUUAUAUACAGUUACAAAAUGGAACAUAAUGAUGGAAGGGUUUCAUUUCCUAUGUGCUUCAUAUUUUACACACCUCGAGAUGCCCACAUGGAAUUGCAGGUGAUGUAUGCUGGUACACAGAGGGCUUUAGCGGCCGCAGUGGGCGCCCCGAGACUGCUCGAGGUGAGGGAGAUUGAUGAGCUGACCUCAGAGUGGCUCAAUGAGAAACUCAGCAGA